AUGGAUAUCAUCAUAGUCGGCGCCGGCAUCGCCGGCCUCAGUGCUGGCAUCGCCCUGCGUAGAGCAGGACACAAAGUCACAAUUCUGGAGCAAUCCGCCCUACUGCAAGAAACCGGGGCCGCCAUCUCCAUAGCACCAAAUGCAUCGCCGGUCCUCCAGAGCUGGGGUUUCGAUAUUGCGCACUCGCGCAUGGUCGGCAUCAAGACUGGAAGUAUCCUGAAUGGAACUUCAAUGCAGAUGGUGGUGCCCAACUACUAUGUCCACAUUGAAGAGAAUUACGGCGCCCCCAUCUAUUCCGUGCACCGCGUCGAUCUCCACGACCAGCUUAAGGCGCUGGCAACUGGCGAGAGUGGCUCGGGUCAACCUUGCAAGCUGCAUGUUCGGGCCCCGGUGGUUGAUUAUGAUGCAGAGCACGCCAAAGUUACAACUGCAGAUGGCACCGUCCGGCAGGCAGACCUGAUCAUUGCUGCGAAUGGCGUACACUCGACGGCCAGAGAGCACGUUGUAAUCACAGACAAGUCCGAUGUCAAUGACACCGGUUGGGCAUCAAUGAGGUGGCUAGUGCCGACAGAGGAGCUGCUUGCAGACCCGGAGACCGCACCCCUGGUGGAAGACUCUACCCAGAGAUACUUCAUUGGAGCUCGAGGGGGAGGCUUGGUGUGGUACCCCUGCAGGAAUAACGAGGUGCAGAACUUUCUGUAUCUGUCGCAGUCCUUUGCGAGCGAGAAUAUUACCGAAGACUACCAGGCCGGUAUUGAGCCGACGAUGGUGAUGGACUAUGCGAAGAAUGAGUACAGCCCAGCUUUACAAGCAGUUCUUGCGAAGGCAAGAGACGUCCGAUUCUGGAAGCUGGUUGCUAGAGGCCCACUGCCUUCAUGGCGCAAGGAUUCCCUGGUUCUCAUUGGCGAUGCCGCUCAUCCCAUGCUUACCUUCCAAGCACAAGGUGGUGGCCAAGCUAUCGAAGAUGCCGCAGUGCUCGGCAUUCUAUUGGAUCAGGUCCAUGACAAAGCUACUCUGGAUGCACGCCUCGACCUCUAUGAGAUGAUCAGAAAAGGUCGUGGUUCGGCAAUUCAGACAUUGUCCAACUCUGCACCCCCAAUGCCCCAGAGUGUCCGCGAUACUGCUCUCAAGUAUUUGCCCGAAGGCACCAAAUUGGAGAACCAGGAUGACAUUAUCAAAGUCAUGUUCUCGUAUGAUGUGAUCAGCGAAGCGAAGACUGUCCUCGCUGCUCAUCUGAAUGGACAGACAACGGAGGCCAGGCUUUGUUCUCAGUAG